AACAAUAACAACAACAAUAAUAACAACAGCAACAAUAAUAAUAACAAUAACAACAACUGUUCCAAGGGUGGCUGGCCGGGCUCUUCAGAUUUUUGCUCCCAGUGUCAUCAUCAGUCAUGUGCGUCGGGUUCGUAUCCCUCUUCAGGCGCCAAAGGUCCUGUGUUCAACACCUAUGGCAGCACCAACGCUAACAACAACAAUUGCUCAGGUGUGGGCGGAGUGUCAGGCCAGAGUUUCAGUGUUCCGCCCAUUCAAGUGACCGCUAAGGUCUUGUUUGGAUCCGUCAGUGCCAUCUCAGCCUUGAAUGCUGAGCGCAAGAAAAAGGCCUGAAAGAGGGCCGACGGCGAAUCGAUCUUCAAUCCUGACGUUAAUCAACCAUCCACCUUCCACUUUACCUGUGUACUUCUCCCACCACUGCAACCACUCACCUCUAGCUCUGGCAGAGAAGGCGAUGGAGAAAUCUCACUCAACCACAUGUUUUUUUGCCAUUUUCUAAUACUAGUCCAUAUCAGACUGUGAAAAAGGAACUUUCUCAAACGUUCAUCCUUCGUUCAUUGACCUGCAGAGAAAUCCCAUGGGUUGACGGACCCGUGAUCAUGAUGAACCCGCCGGGGACGAACCAGUUUAUUUCUUGAUUUCUUGAUAGAAAAACAGAAUAUACACCGAAAUCAGUUAUGCUAUCUUUUGGCUCAGGGCCACCUACGAACAAACCCAUCUCAAGCCAAAUUGUGGAGAGAGAGAGGAGGAAAAAUGAGACGCAGACAAGAGCCACCAUGCCAAGACAACUUUCCAACAUGAACCAAAUUCCAUGAAUUGAAAGCAACCAUUCGAUUAAUCGGACGACACCAGCAUCACUAAGAUAAUAGCCACGGCUUGUGGUUAUUGAUCAUGAUGUUGUUUUUCCACAAACACCUAGAUUUUGUACAAAUUAACUUUCACAGUCCUCUCCUCACUAGACAUGUAUUCAAAUUCGAUGAAAAACAAUGUCUUUAUUUUGACCGUGAGUUGCGUGGCCUCUUUUCAAACGAAAGGUCCUGUCUACCACGUGCCAUUUACUGAUGCCCAAUGAUCCAACUGCUUAAAAAAAUAACAAUACAUAUCAUGAACCCACGUGCAUUCGAAACUUUCUCUCCUUCAUUCGUCCACUAACGCUUUCAACCCACUCCAGGACAUUCAAGGAAACGUUUUGAACAAGUUUUAUUUGAGAUCAUUUUAGACUCCAAAAUAGUUGGUGGGCUAGUGAAGUUUGGAAGAGAUCUUGUUGCCCAGCUGAUGGU